CUAAUUAUAAAGGGAGAAAAUUAAUAUCGAACAUAGAGGGCGUCGUAGGAACGUUAAGUUGGCAGAACUGAAUCGUGAAGUGACGUCAUGAGUCUUCCGUUUUAGAUCGGUCUUUCGUCAAGGCAAAAUGGCUGAUCAGAGUGAACGUGCGUUUCAAAAACAACCUACGAUCUUUCUUAAUCGUAAGAAAGGUCUGGGACCGAAGAGGAGGAAGCCUAUGAGAUAUAGUCGCAAUGUUGGUCUUGGUUUUAAAACUCCACGUGAGGCCAUCGAAGGUACAUAUAUUGAUAAGAAAUGUCCAUUCACUGGCAAUGUAUCAAUCAGAGGACGCAUUCUCACCGGUGUUGUGCAAAAGAUGAAAAUGCAAAGGACUAUCGUAAUUCGUAGGGAUUAUCUUCAUUAUAUCAGAAAAUAUAAUAGAUUUGAGAAACGUCACCGUAAUAUGAGCGUACAUCUUAGUCCAUGCUUCAGAGAUGUAGAAAUUGGUGAUGUAGUUACCAUUGGAGAAUGCAGACCAUUGAGUAAAACGGUAAGAUUUAACGUUUUGAAAGUUUCUAAAGGAACUGGUUCCAAGAAAAGCUUCAAAAAGUUUUAAUUCUUAUCGUCGACUCAAUCAGAGUGAUGGAAUGCAACAAAAAAGAAAUUAUUAAAGCAGAUACAUCCAAAAUAUAAAUAUUUUGGAAUUAUGUUACAUAUUAAUUACCAUCUUGAUGUGUAACUUUGAAAAGUAAUAAUAAAAAGGUUUUUAUGAAAA